GAAAUAAAUGCUAGAAUAUACUGGACAGACUAAAGCAAAUUCAGAAGGUUUCCAUUCAGUUGUAGACUCCGAUAUAGAAAGUUGGAUAAAGUAAUAAAUACGCUUACAAAUUUUAGAAGACCUAAAUCCAGUUCACAACAAGAUUAUCGAAAACUAUUUGAAUUAACAAAACAUUGUUAUGCUGCAAAAUUGCCUUAAGCAAAUUGUGAUGAGAUUCCUGAGUUUGAUACUGCUGAGGAUUCCUUCUUACAAAGACCUUCUAUGUGUACGAAUAAAUCCAGCAAACAAAGCUGUGAAAUUAUGAAGGAGGAGAAGCAAUAGGAAAAGGAAUUAAUCACUCCCAUAAAUGAUGAGGACAAGCAUUUGUUGUUGAGGAGUGAUUAAGAGCAAUGCAAAUUGUAAGCAAUCAAAAUGAAGAGUGGGGGAUGCUAUACAGGAUAGUGGUACAAAAGGAAACCUCACGGUAUGGGGGAGUAUCUAUUUGCUGAUUCGAGUAGAUAUGUAGGAGAAGUAACUAGAUAUUACAAUAAUAGUGGAAUAAUGGCUUUGCAAGCGGAAAGGGAGAGUAUUAUUAUGCUGAUGGUGGACACUAUAAGGGAGAAUUCCAUUUAAACAGUAUGCAGGGUACAGGAAUUUACAAAUACGCAGAUGGAACCGUAUAUGAUGGUAUGAAAUAUCCUUAUCGUUAAGGUUAAUGGAUGAAUGAUAAAUACCAUGGAUAUGGAAUUGAAAUAAAAAACGAAAGCCAAUAUAAGGGUAAGAAUAAAUUAUAUAUUAGGUAAGUUUAAGAGUGGGUUGAAACAUGGUCAAGGAACCUUGAUAUUUUCUAAUCAGGAGAAGUAUGAGGGGUCAUUUGUGAAUGGUCUAUUUGAAGGGAAAGGAGUUUUUGUAAGCAUUUCUAUUUUUAUCUUUAGAUUUGGCCAGAUGGAAGAAGAUAUGAAGGAGAUUGGAAAAAAGGGAUGAUGCAUGGAUAGGGGAUGUUGCAAUGGCCAGAUGGUAAUUUAGUGUCUCAAAAUAGGUCGUAUCUAUGUAGGACAGUAUGUGAAUGAUAAAAGACAAGGAUUCGGAACAUUCCAAUUUGCAGAUGGUCGUAAAUAUGCAGGUUAGUGGAUGAAUGGACUAUAACAUGGAUCAGGAGAGUUUACUGAAUUUCAUGGUUAAAUUACGAAAGGAGUUUGGAGAGACGGCAAAUUGUUUUCAAUUUAUUGA